AUGCACUGGUUUCCAUCAUAUAGCAAAAAAUUAGCAUCAAGUACAUCAGAUGUUUUUGCAAUAAGUUGUGCCGAUGGAUCAUUUAGGUUAGUGUCAAAAACAGGAAGAAUUGAAAAAACAGUUGCAAACGCACACAAGGGUGCCGUAGUUACCAUUCGUUGGAGUUAUGAAGGUAAUGCCCUAGUGACCGCAGGUGAAGAUGGUGUAUUGAGAAUUUGGUCAAGAGGUGGCCAGCUCCGAUCCACUCUAGCAAGUGUCGGAAAGAGUGUUUAUUCAGUAACUUGGGGGCCAUCUAGUGAGGAAGUUUUAUUUACAAAUGGAAGAGAAUUGGUUAUUAAGCCAAUCCAUGUUGCCUCUAAACAAAUACAAUGGAAGGCUCACGAUUCUCAAAUUCUCAAAGUUGAUUGGAAUCCUCUCACUAACAUGAUUGUUAGUGGAGGUGAAGACGGUAAAUAUAAGGUUUGGGACAAUUUUGGACGACUUUUAUAUACAAGUACUCCAUUUGAUUACAGUAUAACAAGUGUAUCCUGGUCCCCUAAUGGUGAAUUGUUUGCUGUUGGAUCUUUCAAUACACUCAAGAUUUGUGAUAAAUCAGGUUGGACAAUCUCUAGAAACACAACAAAUACAGGAAGUAUUACAGAUAUUUCUUGGACUAGUGAUGGAACACAAAUUGCUGCAGGAGGUGGUAAUGGAAGAGUUUGUUUUGGAAACAUUGUUGGUAAAUCCUUGGCAUGGAAGAAUUUACUCGUCUCGCUAGAAAAUGAUGUUACUCUUAAAGUUUUUGACCUCGUCUCUGAAGGAUCUGAAGAUAUUUCGUUCCGUGAUAAGGUCAUUAACUGGUCUCUAGGAUUUGGUAAAUUAAUUGUUGCAACAUGGACCCAAGUUUGGGUAUAUGAUAUCAAGAACUUGGGAACCCCUCAUGUUUUUGAUGUAAAGGAUAAUAUCAAUCUCAUUUUGCAAUCAAAAAACAACUUCCUUACUAUGGACAAUUUCAGUGGUAUUCAAAUUUACAACUAUGAAGGUAGAUUAUUGAGUAAUCCAAAAUUCUCUGGUUUAAGAACAGAAUUUUUGAAUAAUCAAGCUGUUGGUCUUAGCGAUGAUAUUAUUGCUAUCAUUGAUAAGGGAGAGGCCAAAUCAACAGCAAUUAGGUUGCUCGAUGUUAAUAAUGGUAAAGAAUUGGAUAAGAUUGUGCAUAACAUGGAAAUAACUCAAGUCGAAGUAAGCCAGUUCGGCCCAAAGAGUGAGAGAUGUAUUGCAUUUAUUGAUAGAAAUAGAGAUUUGUACAUUAGUCAGGCCAAAAAGACAGGAGAUGUUUUCAAAUUGGCAACAAUGGUUGAUUCUGCAAUGUGGAAUGACCAAUCCGAUUUGAUGUCUGUUAUUUCUGGAGGACAGCUAUUGGUUUACUAUUAUCCAAAGAUUGUAUAUGUAGACAGAGAUUUGCUUGAUUAUGUCAAGUUUGAAAAGGAUGACAUUGGAAAGCAAUCUAUCAUUAGAGACUUUUUCGAUACCAAGAUCAAUAUUAGAAGAAUUGACGGAGCAGUAAUUACAGAAUCUGUUCAUCCAUAUCCAUUAAUUUUAUAUGAAUUAAUAGAAAACAAAAAGUGGGAACAAGCUAUCCGUCUUUGUAGAUUUGUUAAAGAUAAGGCCAUUUGGGCUACAUUGGUUGGUAUGGCAAUUAAAUUGAACCAGCUCAAUACUGCUGAAGUUGGGUUAGCCGCACUCGAAGAGGUUGACAAAUUAAGAUACAUUUCAAAUAUCAAGAGACUUCCUUCAGCUGAAGCUAAGAAUGCAGCCAUUGCCUUAUUUAUGAGAAAUAUUGAUGAAGCAGAGAGCAUUCUGUUGCAAGCCAGAUUAAUUUACAGAGCUGUGAAGAUGCAUAUAAAAUUGUAUAAAUGGGACAGAGCUCUGGAUUUGGCAAAGAGGUUCAAAUUACAUAUUGAUACUGUAAUUGCCUACAGAAGAAGAUAUUUGAUGGAAACAGGACAAGAGGAAAACAAGCCAGAAUUCUUGCAAUAUCAAGAAAUGGAAACUAAUUGGGAUGCAAUCAAGGAAAAGAUUGCCCAAGAAAAGGCAAAAGAACGUGGUGGAAAAUAAACAAUGACAUUGUUUUUGUAUUU